CAGAAACUUCGUGUCUUGAAAACCAUCCUUAUAUCGCCCUUCCUCCGUCACUGGCUGGCAGUGAGCUAGAAAGAAAGAAAGAAGAAGAUCACCAUUUUCGUUAUGGGCAAGUGCUACCCUACAGUGAGCGAAGAGUAUCAGAAGGCAGUGGAGAAAUGCAAGAGGAAGCUCAGAGGACUCAUCGCUGAAAAACACUGCGCUCCCCUCAUGCUCCGAUUAGCAUGGCACUCUGCUGGUACUUUUGAUGUGAAUACCAAGACAGGAGGGCCAUUUGGGACGAUCAGACACCCAGAUGAGCUUGCUCAUGGAGCUAACAAUGGUCUUGAUAUUGCUGUCAGGCUUUUGGAACCCCUCAAAGAGCAGUUCCCCAACUUGUCUUAUGCUGACUUCUACCAAUUAGCUGGUGUUGUUGCUGUUGAAGUUACUGGAGGGCCUGAGGUUCCUUUUCACCCUGGGAGACCAGACAAGUCUGAUCCACCUCCAGAAGGUCGCUUGCCUGAUGCAACCAAAGGUUCAGACCAUUUAAGGGAUGUAUUUGGCCAUAUGGGUCUCAGUGACAAAGAUAUUGUUGCCCUGUCCGGUGGUCAUACUCUGGGAAGGUGCCACAAGGAGCGUUCUGGAUUUGAGGGGCCCUGGACCCCCAACCCUCUUGUUUUUGACAACUCCUAUUUCAAGGAACUCCUCAGUGGAGAGAAAGAAGGUCUUAUCCAGCUUCCGUCAGAUAAAACCCUUCUGGAGGAUCCAGUCUUCCGCCCCCUUGUUGAAAAAUAUGCUGCAGAUGAGGAUGCCUUCUUUGCAGAUUAUGCUGAAGCUCAUUUGAAGCUCUCAGAGCUUGGGUUUGCAGAUGCAGAUUGAGGACUGGAAUUAGGCUGAUGCAGCUGCUGUUGUGUGUCUUAUUGCUGGAGGCUGGUCUAUUUUCCUAGUUAUUUUUUAGACUAGAUACGAUAUAUGAAUUGUGUGAAGAUGGGAAUGUUGCUGGUCCAUAUUUGUGUGUUUUUGGGUUCUGUGGGAUUGUAAGCAAGCUGCCUUAUAUGUAGUACUGGAAGAUGGAAUUGUAAAGCUUUUGUGUUGGUCCUCUGAAUUUUAAACUAGCCAGCUUUAUGGUUCGGCCAAUAAAGUAUGGUAGUUGCCAUUCAUGGAU